AUGCGGAACGUUUGGUCUUUGCUGGCAAUUGCCGGCUCGGUCGUUGCUCAGUAUGGAGACACACCGACAUCUAAUGCAUCCGUCUCUACCUCGUCUGGUGAAUACGGAGCAGUUCCUCCUCCAUCGUCGAGUGCAUACGAAACGUCUAUGCCGGAGCCUACGUCGGAGACCGUUCCUCCAUCUUCAAGUGCAUACGAAGUAAGCCCUCCACCAUCGUCGAGUGCAUACGAAACGUCUACGCCGGAGCCGUCGUCAACUUCCGAAUCUCCGCCAAAUGUAUCUUACCCCAGUAGUGGUUACGAGACCGAAACGCCUUCCACUACGGACAGCGGAUAUGUAACUACUUCAAGCCCUCCUGGUUACGGAACGUGCUCUGCAGUGACAGUCGUGUUCACCACCACAAAGACGCCGAAGCCCGUCUACAUCACUACCACGACAACAAAGACUCCCCGGCCAGUGACCAAUACCGUCACGACGACCAAAACACCCAAACCAGUUACGACAACCGUCACAAAGACCCCGCCACCUGACACCGUCACAAAAACAAAGUGGAGCACCACGACUUUCUGGGAUACAACGACUUUAUGGAGGAACUCGACCACAACUUCGACCGAAACUGAGACAUGCACUGUCACUGAGACGGACACGACUACUGUUGAUCACACAACCACUGUUGAUCAUACGAGCACUGUUGAUCACACAACUGUUGUUGAUCAUACCACAGUUGUUGAUCAUACCACAGAAUUGACCUCGUAUGUUGAUCGCACAACUGAGCGCACCGCCACUACCGAAGUGACGAAAGAAGUCACUACUGUCGAGACGGACGUGAGCACCUUCGUUACUACGGAUGUCACCCAGACAGUUCCAGGGCCUACCGAGACCGUCGUUGGGCCUACCGAGACCGUCCCCGGGCCUACUUCGUUCAUCACUGAUGUCAUCACUUCACUCGUUACUGACGUUAUAACGGAAACAUUCACUACAACUUCCGUUAGCACGAUUGUGAGCACGAUAACGCUGCCGCCGGAGACCGUGACAACAACUGUUGUGAACACGAUCACGCUGCCAGCAUCGACCUUAACAACAACUGAGACUAUCACUACCACGCUGCCUGCUGUCACGACUACUUCAACGAUCUACUCAACGGUCACAUAUACCUCUACUCAGCCGACUACAAUCAUUGUGCCAACAACAAUAGCUGUUCCAACAACAGUAGAUGUCCCUACAACAGUAGAAGUCCCAACAACAGUUGAUGUUCCUACAACAGUAGAAGUCCCUACAACAGUAGAAGUCCCUACAACAGUAGAAGUCCCUACAACAGUAGAAGUCCCUACAACAGUAGAAGUCCCUACAACAGUAGAAGUCCCGACAACAAUAGGAGUUCCUACGACAGUAGAAGUCCCGACAACAAUAGGAGUCCCGACAACAGUAGAAGUCCCGACAACAGCUUUUGUCACUUCAUUCAUCACUGAUGUUAUCACCCAGACAAUAACCAGCACGACCGUCAGCACGAUUCUAAGCACUAUCACCCUUCCGCCAGAGACAUUGACAACAAUUGUGACUGCGCCAGGUACAACGCAGACCAUCACUACAACUCUGCCUGCUUCCACCGUGGUGUCGACCAUCCUCUCGACGGUUACAUUUACCUCCCUCCAACCCACAACGGUCGUCGUCCCGACAACAGUAGAAGUCCCGACAACAGUAGAAGUCCCGACAACAGUUGAUGUUCCUACGACAGUAGAAGUCCCGACAACAAUAGGAGUCCCGACAACAGUUGAUGUUCCUACAACAGUAGCAACAACGGUCGACCGUACCAUCACGCCUUCACUGUCCUCUACGUUGCCCUCUACAGGCUCUGCCACUUGCCCCAGCGGAUGCCUCAUUGAUGUCACGGCUACAUUGGUAGCCUACACGGCCAGUGUCAUUACUCAGACUUCUCUCUUCACCCUCACCACUGUGACCUACUACAUGGACGGAACUUCAACAGUCGGCUCAUCUGUGCACACGAACCCGCUUCCAACGAGCUCGGAUCUGGUGUGGACGUACAAAGAUAACGUACUUACUUACCCAACUGUUUAUGCUGCCUACGAGACGUUCUCUCAUCUGGAGGUUAGCCCGGUUGCAACAGGCUGCGUUACCCAGACUACGACCUUGACCGGCAUAACCACUACCGGCAAUCCCAUUCUACUCGUACCAACCACCAGCAUCACCAACUCUGCUUCUGUCCCGCCGACUGUUGUUUCAUAUCUGAAUUCUCAGCCUACUGUCACCGAACAGCUUGGUCAGCCCAUCGGUUCUGGCGCUUGCGAUCCUAUAGUUGGCGAACCAAGUGAGGAAAACACAUCUGUUGGUACUGUAACCACCAUAGCAUCACGGGAGGCAGUGGGUGAGACUUUGACAACACACGUUCCAGCUCUUUCAGCCAUUGACACAGCAACUGAAUCGCAACCUGCUCCCACGACUAUUGUCACGACUGAACCAGCACCUCCUCAAUCUACCAUCAUAUCAGUGGAGCGGCCGACCGUCACACUUACGCCCACAGUCGUGACCUCCACGGCGGAGCCCACGACGGUCGUCGAAUCGCCCUCCAGCAGCUCUGGUAACCCUCCCAGCUCGUCUCCUGAACCCUCAAGCAGCGAAUCGCCGUCUCCAUCCAGCACGCCUGAAUCGAGCAGCGAAACGCCGUCUCCAUCCAGCGCGUCUGAAUCGAGCAGCGAAACACCUGCACCUUCCAGUUCGCCUUCCCCCAGUGCGCUUCCCCCAAGCAGUGCUGCUGACUCCACUUCUGAAGUUCCGUCUUCAUCGGAGGCACCCCCUCCUUCCGAGAUCCCGUCCUCCACCGAGACUCCCUCCGAGACACCCGAGUCCUCUACGGAGGUGCCAAGCUCCUUGGAGGUCAUCCCAUCAAGCACCGAGGAGAUCUCAUCCCCUCCCGCGUACACUCCUCCCGAGUACACAUCAAGCUUCUCGCGAACCACGACUGUGGCGAACGUUACCAGCACAGCACCGCAAUCUAGUGCGAGCCAGCCAUCUUACUUCCCUGGCGCCGCGGUGAAGGGUCCUAAUGGAUUGGGCAGCGUGGCAGCCGGGUUGCUCGGUGCCGCGGGUGUCGGGUUAGGAUUGAUAUGA